CGCGCAGAGCGCGCUAUCAUUUCCUUAAUAAUUGUUAUGAAUGAAAAUAUGUGUAAAGCUCAGUAAAAAAAAAUUACAACGAACCGGGGUUCUCAUUUAGCCCUGUAAAUAAUUAGCAUCCAAGUAGUUGCAUUAACAUCAUCACCAUCAUCGACUAAACCUACGAUGGAGACUAUUGAGGAAUCUAUUGAUGAGGAAAGUCAGGUAAAGGGGCUUUCGAAGACAACAAAACGAGGGCUACCAAGCAGGCCGGGAGACGUUACUCAUAUGUCAGGUGAAGAUGGCACAGAAAACACCUUUCCACUCGAAACCAGACCUGUGCACACCCGUACAGCCAUGGGUGAUUACAUCGUUCCCAAGGGGGGCAAGCCACUGACGCAACAUGCCUUUCCCAGCCCGGGCCCUGGAGACCUCAUGCCAAGGCACCAGAUCACGCAACGAGCCGCUCCUCAGUAUUCCAUAGUAGGACGUAGCAAGACCAAUACCAGGAAGAAAGCCCCUGGUCCAGGUGACUACAACACGUCUGGAGAUUUAGUAUGGAAGAUCAAAACCGUCACCUUGAAGGAGAAAGGCACGACUAUGAUCACAGAAGAAAUACAAGACCGUGGGAACACUAUUGGACCUGCUAAUAUCAAUGUGUCUUACCUAAACACUGGCAAACAUGCACCGAAACCUAGCAUCUCCUCAAGGCAUCGACCUGGAGCAAACGUGGGCCAUCCGAGUAAUGCACUUUCUUCGGGAACAGCGACAAAUGGUCUUCCCACUCCAGGCCCGAAUGCAUACUUUCCAAAGAUAACUGAUAAAGGGAAAUGUAAAUCAUUUGGAAUUCUCAACCAGCAGAGACGAGCUGUUCAAGGCGAAUCGCUUGGCCCGGGUCCGGCAGCCUACAGCGUCAAAGACUCCUCUACCAAGUCGGGAUAUUCACUGGCAAAACGGCUUCGUGCCGAUUGGCAGGUAUCGAGUAGGACUCCUGCCCCAAACUCUUACAACGUUGGAAGCAAGAUCGGCAAAGGGCUGGCGAUGUCGAUCCGUAGCCGACCAUCGUAUGAACCCAAAACAUUUGGACCAAGCCCUAAUUCGUAUUUUUUCCGCGACUCCAUGAAAAAUUCCGAUGCUCCUUUUGCUACCAUGACAUACAGACCGUUUGAGUCAGAAAAUGACUCUACUCCUGGUCCAACGCAUUACAGUAUCACGGACAAGGCCAUGAGGAAGGCUCCUAGGUAUUCCUUCCGGAGCGUGUGCAAGUAUCCAGUCGCCUACCCACUGCCCGAAGACACACCUGGACCUGGAACGUACCUCAGACCUCGUGCCUUCACGAAGAAUGAUGCUCCCGCACACUCCAUGGGCAGGCGAACUAAGCCCGCCAAGAGCUCUGUUGUCGACGGACCAGGCCCCAACCACUACAACAUCCGGGACCCGCAUAAACCUGACGGUAAGAGAGCGCCCAGUUACUCCAUGGCUGCACGGUGUGAUCGCCCAGACAAGCGCAGGGAUGGUCCUGCCCCGACUGCAUACACACCAAAUCUCGACACGGAUUCCGGGCCGAAGUACAGCAUGACGGCCAGACCCAAAAGGAAGGCAAGGUGUGUCGGUGCCGCCCCGAAUUCAUACACCAUCAAGAUGAACCAGACUGUCAAGGGUCGUUUCAGCGGUCCGAAGGCAACGCUUAAAGGUCGAAACACGCCUCAUGUAUAUCAAGGAUAUGCCUUUCAGCAUUCGAUUCCUCUUCGGAAUACUUGA